CAGUCCGUCUGCUGCAGAGAGCACGGGGUGUAUUGUGGGGGACGCUCCUGCGAGCCACGGAGGCCGGCGAGGGUUAAGUUUGUGUAUUUGUGAGCCGCGUCUCUUCCUCCGGAUUCUCUUUCUCCUCGCGUAACGGAUUGACAGAGGAGCUUGGAUGAGGUUUUGUGGAGCAUUUUUUCUCAGAAAACAUUGCUGCUAAAAAAUUCCAAACAGGAGAAGUAACUCCAGUCAGCUUAUGAGGUCACUGGCUUAGUGUAAAAACACUUUCAUGAGGUAACAUUGGGCCAAAGUCAACUUUUCCUUCUCCUUUGUAAGUCUGCAGCCAAGCAAUGGGCCAGAAAAUCUCAGGGAGCAUAAAGUCUGUGGAUGUGAGGGAGCCCCCAUACAGACCUGUUAAACGAGAGCUGAGAGGCCCAGAUUUUUGCAAGCCGGCGCGACUGGACAUGCUGUUGGAUAUGCCCCCUGCCAAGCUGGAGGUCCAGUGUAAACAUGCUUGGAACAACGAGGAUCGCUCCUUAAAUAUAUUUGUAAAGGAAGACGAUAAACUGACGUUUCAUAGGCACCCAGUUGCCCAAAGCACGGAUUGCAUCCGGGGCAAAGUUGGCUACACGAGAGGCCUCCACGUCUGGCAAAUUCACUGGCCCACAAGGCAACGGGGAACUCACGCAGUGGUGGGUGUCUCCACAGCUGAAGCUCCGCUGCACUCAGUGGGAUACACAUCGCUGGUUGGUAGCAAUAGUGAAUCGUGGGGCUGGGAUCUGGGACGCAACAAACUCUACCACAACUGUAAAAACCAGCCCGGGGUCACAUACCCUGUGUUUUUGGAACCAGAUGAGUCUUUUGUACUCCCAGACUCCUUACUAGUAGUUUUGGAUAUGGACGAAGGGACGCUUAGCUUCAUGGUAGAUGGACAAUAUCUUGGAGUGGCCUUCAGGGGACUAAAAGGGAAAAAACUUUACCCUAUAGUCAGUGCAGUUUGGGGGCACUGUGAAAUUACAAUGAGAUACAUCAACGGACUUGAUCCUGAACCCUUGCCUUUAAUGGACUUGUGCCGAAGAUCAAUUCGUUUUGCUCUUGGCAGAGACCGCUUGCAUGACAUAGAAAUUCUACCUUUGCCUCUGUCUCUGAAAAAUUAUUUACAGUACCAAUAAGACGUCUAGAACUCUGGUCUCAAAUUGGACUACAUCAAUGCAAAUGGAAGAAAAUUGUUUACAUCAAAAAAGAAAUAUUCCUGUUGGACACUUAAGUGUUAUUUAAUUUUUAAUUUUUUUUUUUUUUCUGAACCAAUGGAAGCAGAUCACUGUGGGGGAACUACUAAAGAAUGUGAAAGCAUUGACUGGAUUGAGAUUCAUGUAUUAUCUGUUGCCUGUUGUGUUUACAGUCCUGAAGGCCAUUAUUCUCUCCAUGACGUUGGUUUAUCUUUGUUGCCUCUAGUAAAUGCCAAUAGAAAAUCUGACCUGCAGGAUCCAGUAUCACACAGGAUAGAGCAUUCUUCAAUUACGUGAUUUAGUUUGUUUUCUUUCUCUCUCCUGCACCUCAGCCCAACAGAUAAAUUAACAAGGAAAAUUGUUGACAGUGACUCUGGAAAAAGUUACUCAGCGUAAUCAGCCCUAUAAUAGCUAAAAGUGCUAAGAUUUUUAAAAGCAAAAUAUUAGCUGGAAGAAUGUAUGAUUUCAAAGCACAAGAGGAAAAAACUUGUUAUGUGUGUCAGAAAAAAUCAGUUUUCAGACAUGGUGACAGUAAGAUGCAGUCCAUCGUUUUCAAAACCAAAUCUAGUCCCACCAAAGUUCUGCAGUUUAUAACAAAGCCUUCAUCAUCACAAGGAUAUUUGUACUUUAGAACACUUGUCCUUUUUUUUAUUUGAACAAAUUUAUAAUUUCUACGUGGUAUGAACUCUUAAGUACAUGGUUUUCUUUUUAAUGUAUGUGUGAUUAUAAUGUUUAUUUAUCUGUUUAGAGUCUGUGAAGUUCUCACUUAGCUAUUUCCUGUCUUGGGGUGACUGAUUUUGUCGUUUUAUUCCCAGGCUCUACCUGAAAUGUAUUAAUUUUCCAGGCUCAUCCGAUUUUUUUAAGAUGCUGCUUUCUAUUUGCAUUUAAUACAUGUUUCAAGUUUUCUGCCUGAUCAGUUACCUAGUUUUUAAACUGGAAGUUGUUGUUAUGGCAGAAUGUCAAAUGUUUAGACAGAGCUGCCUUCAGCAUAUUUUAAUGUGAAUUUACAGAUGAAUGAGGAGAAAAUUUCUAAUAAAGUCUACUGUCCAAAAUAAAA